AUGGGUGCCCUUGCUUUCUUUGGACCAGGAAAGUUUGGAAAUAUUUACAUGAGCCUCAAUAAUCCUGCUGUGGGGGGUUAUCUUUAUUUCACUGGCAAAGCCAUCAGUGUAUGGCAUGCUUGGGUAGAGGGUGCAUUGGAUGGCACUUGGAGAGCUGUCCUUGAAAUGCUUGUUUUCCCUGCUUUUGAAUCCUACCGAGACAAGUUCUUUGAGAAUUGGGAAGUAGAUCCUGAAUGGGUUGCACAGAGUGCAUUGAAAGCACCUACCAAUCAUUGUGAUGACAUCAUCAAACAAAGGCUGCAGGAGCUGCAAAAGAUGCUGGGCACCCAAGGCAUCAAGAUCAUUGAUGACCAGAAGGAGUCUGUACUGGGUUACAAGCAACUUGCCAACCUGAACAUUCUGCAGAACAGAAAUCAACAGCCUUAUGAAGUAAUCAAACAUUUCCAAGAACAUGUUCCUCAAUAUGACCAAACAGUCAAAGCCACAGAGGCUCAUGCACUGGAGGCCGAAGUUACUCAAUUGCGUGGUUGGUGUUUUGCAAUUGCACAGUGCCAAUGGAGGUUCAGGGAAUGGGACUUGCAGCACAAGGUUGCAUUAUCUAGUAGGGACCAACCAGCAUCAGGUUACCACAACUUCUUUGAAGCGCUCUGUGGAGAGAUCAAGACAUUGGACACUGGCAGUGAAAGCAGCAAUUUCAUUGGAUCUCUAACAUUUUGUCUGUCAGAGCUUGAGUCUGAGUGCACGAGACUCAAAGGUGCCAUUGAUGUUGCAUGA